CUAGCUUAGCUACUCCUAGCUCUAGCAGGCGUCCCCGGCCGACCACAUGCACCUCAGGCACAGGGAUUUUUAAUUCCUCUCCGUCCAAAGGCGAGGCGAGGCCAGCUGGCAGCUAGCCUACCGGCCAGUACUAGGAUACAAUUACCUGAUCAGUGUAGUCGCAGCAAGUCAGGAAGUCGGGCAGGUCCGAUCUUGGGAAGGCACCUCCCAUCACUCAUCAUCGAUCUUUGCCAUUUGCCGCCCACGCCUGCGGACGAGAUCAUCGGAGCCAAGCCUUUUUAUAAGGACGCACUGAUCGAGCUCAGGUUCCCAUCAUCGAUCGCUUCAUCAGUAGUUCUUCCCGCGAGCUAGCUAGCUGUCCAUGGAAGCUCCGGCGGCGGAGAGCAGCAACAAUCCUAAUACCAAUAAUGGCGGUGGUGCUGAAGAUGAGGGCGACGCCGGUGGCCGCUUCUCCUGGCGGCUGGUCUGGCUCUUGGCCGUCCGGUCCGCAGCAGAGAAGGUGGCCCAGAUCGCGAGGGACGACCCCAGGCGGGUGGCGCACUCGCUCAAGGUCGGGCUGGCUCUCACGCUCGUCUCCGUGGUCUACUACGUCACGCCGCUCUUCAACGGCUUCGGCGGCUCCGCCAUGUGGGCCGUGCUCACGGUCGUCAUCGUCAUGGAGUUCACCGUUGGUGCGACGCUGAGUAAAGGCCUGAACCGAGCUCUGGCGACGCUGGUGGCCAGCUCCCUCGUCAUCGGAGCUCAUGAGGUAGCCAGCCUCGUCGUCCCGAGUGAGAAGGCAGAGUCCAUACUACUCGUCGUCUUCGUCUUCUUUGUAGCGUCGGCAGCGACCUUCUCACGGUUCAUCCCGGAGAUCAAGGCGAGGUUCGACUACGGUGUCAGUAUAUUCAUACUCACCUUCAGCCUCGUCGCCGUCUCCAGCUGCCGCGUCGAGGAGCUCAUGCCCCUCGCGCUCCAGCGCACCACCACCAUCUUGGCCGGCGUCGCCAUCUGCCUCUGCACCACAAUCUUGAUCUGCCCGGUCUGGGCCGGCGAGGACCUGCACAAGCUCGCAGCCAACAACCUGGACAAGCUGGCCGAGUUCCUCGAAGGAAUGGAAACUGAAUGCUUUGGAGAGAAUGCUAGAAGCGAGAAUCUGGAGGGCAAGGAUUUCCUUCACGCGUACAAGAGCGUCCUCAGCUCCAAGGAGAAAGAGGACUCUUUGUGCACAGUAGCCAAGUGGGAACCUAUGCACGGCAAAUUCCGCUUCCGCCACCCAUGGAGUCAAUACCAGAAACUUGGUAGUCUUUGUCGCCAAUGUGCUUCUAAAAUGGAGGCUCUUGCUUCCUAUGUCGUCAUCCUGACAAAAUCUCAGUAUCCCGAAGCCAGUCCAGAGCUAUGCUUGAAGGUUCGGACAACAUGCGGUCAAAUGAGCUUGCACUCUGCUUGGGCUCUCAGAGAACUCUCAUCAGCAGUUAGGUCAAUGACUACACCAUCUUCAGCAAACAAUGACUUGUCUGCAGCCAUGAAAGUGGCAAAUAGCUGCGGAAAUGAAUUACUGGAAGAUGCGGCACUAUUGCAAGUGAUGCAUAUAGCAGUUGUUGGAUCCCUUCUAUCAGACUUGGUCAUGCAGGUAAACAAAAUAACAGAAUCAGUUCACAACCUAGCACGACUUGCACGCUUCAAAGACCCGGAAAAGACAGGAAAUGAUGUAGUUAUCAAUGUAAAAACUUGAUAAACAGAUGUUCUUAUUAUGUGAUACAAAUAUGAGCAUAAUGACUUUUACAAUUUGUUUUUCGCACUGGCACAUGAUUGUGACCUCAGGCCUGCCAUUUGAGUUGAUAGGUCUACAACAGAAUCAGUUGAUGAAGCGAAGCAACAAAGUAAACAUGUAGGUUUAUUCACCCGCACCAACUUGACGAGAUGGUUCUCCCGAAGGCAAUUCGUUGUAUUUAUUACCAUAAUAAUAUUGAGUUGAAGUCCACUUGAA